ACAGUGAGAAAGAAUCCAGAGAAUCACGCCGGCGCCGAUGGCGUUGUUAAAGACUUCGCUAAUCGGAUUUCUCCAACAAUAUUGAGAAGAAGGAGCCGGCAAGAAAAACCCGCAUCUAUCCCAUUCCCGAGGUAGUUGAUCGUCACCGAUAAGUUUCAUCGUUGGUAGGUGUCAAUGGGAUCGUUGUCACCUCCAAUCCUGACUGCCCCACAAGGUACACAAGUGCAGAAUAUGAUUCAAGCCUACAUUGAUGGACGACAACCGUACUGUUGUCCAUCAAACCCUUCUACCGCAGCAUCCGGCCCUAUCGUCUACGAGGAGCAGCAGACACUGUCGACGUCGAGUACCUUGGCUGCUCCGUACUCGUCCCAACCGACUACCAAACAGACUCCUCCUACCGUUGUAAGAUCGGGCAUCCCGUCUGAUCAUCGGAAAGGAGAUCAAGAAUAUCAAAUCCACCAAAUCGCCGUCGCUGCUGCUAUCGGCGUCAUUCCCAACCGAUCCGUUCGGGAUACCGCUCGCUUAGUUCAUCGCGUUCUACAGCAACAGGAACACCGGCCUUCAUCACAGGCACCGACUCCGCUGGAAGCCUUGCCUACCCUGCUCUACAAUCCAAGAAGCUCUUCGCUAAACGAAGCGUUAGCCUCGGCCUCCACCGACACAAUUGUCAUUUUCCGCCGGACCAGAAGUUGCCGUGGAGGAUAUCUUGUGGAUGCCGGUCUCGUGUGGUAUGACCGCCCUACACGUCGCCGCACGCAUCCAUGGAACGUGCGCUUUGUUGCCAACGUUGUCGAACGCCAGCUUGCACAACGACAAUCACGAUUGCAAAAUAUGCCGUAUCCGUGCACAUCCAACACCGCCGCACGCAACUGGUGGCGCUGGCUCGUUCAACAAGCGUCCGAAACGGACCAAGCCCGUCGCAAUCCUGUGCGCAAGCGAGAUUCCGGUGGCGAUUCCGUGUUUGAUACCUUUUGGGCCACGUGGGCGCACCCAACGCCGUCGACAGCGGGUGCCGGCCGAACUGUCACUGACUAUGGCACACGGCCGGCUCCGCCUCCGCCGCCCUUUGUGGCCCGCUUUCCAGUGGCACUGGAUCAAGUUCUCGCCUCACCGUACCACUUACAUCUUUUGCAGAUUUGUAUACAGCGCCAACGGCAAGCCAGUAUUCAGAACAUUACGUUUGCAAUGGAUGAGACUAUCCCCGACGCUGUCUACAUUGUCGCUCGCUUCUGGUGGGCCUUGACGAUUCUGUUGGACGGGGCACGAGGCGAAAACGUGCACUCGAGCGCUAGCGCUAGGGAGAGCAAAGUUGCCUCUACUCCCGCCGUGUUGCCUAUUGUCCCCUUUCUGGCAUCUACUGGGUCUUGUCCGGAGCGUCUCGCUCGUUUGGUAUUCUGUUUGUUUCCCGAGCAGCUCUCGUACAUUGUUCCGGACACUGGCGCCACAGUGUUGCACCUGUGGGCUGCCGCUCCCAACCCGAUUCAUGAAGAACGUGACGGUAUGCUGAUCCCUCUCUUACGCACUUGUCCGGCGUUGGCUGCUGUGAAAGACAACCGAGGCCGUUUGCCUAUCCACGUAGCCCUGCAUUGGAACAAAGCCAUGCCGGACGUUCGUGCGUUGUGGGAACACGCCCCCCAUACCGUUCACGUUCCAGAUCCGCUCAAGCCGACUUUACCGUUGGUUGUCCUCGUCACGUUGACUGCCCGCAAACAGAAGAUGAACACCUUGCGCGCGCUGGAGCGACGCAACCCCGCCGUAUCGUUGGCGGAAUGGUUGGACGCAACGCGCGAUACCGAAACGUUACAAGCGAGUGCUUUGUGCUUGGGGUUUAUUGAGCGGACCUUUGUUGUUCGGCACGUACACGAUGAGGUGCCAUUGGAAAGUGAUUAUCCGCCGCAACGGGCCCCAACUAGCGUUCCAGCUAGUCCUCUUAGCCUAUUCACUUAUCCUGGUGGUCCAAACAUCCCUAAAGACGAAGAUUGCUCUUACUAG